AUGGCCACUCAGCAGAAGCCCAUCAAGCUCUACAGCCUUGAGUACUUCGCGGCGUGCGGCCUCGGUGGUAUCCUGUCGUGCGGUCUCACCCACACGGCUGUGACGCCGAUCGAUCUCGUCAAGUGCAACGCUCAGGCCAACCCUGAGCACUUCAAGAACACCGUCCAGGGUUUCCGUGCCAUCUACUCGGGCUCCCUGACCAGCAUCGGCUUCGGCUCGGGCGUGUCUGGCCUCCUCAAGGGCUGGGGUCCCACCCUCUGGGGCUACUCCCUCCAGGGCCUCUUCAAGUUUGGUCUGUAUGAGGUGUUCAAGCACUACUUCGCCGAGGCUGUUGGCCCCGAGAACGCCUUCAAGUACCGCGAUCUCGUCUACAUGGGUGCCUCCGCCUCUGCCGAGUUCUUCGCCGACAUUGCCCUCUGCCCCUUCGAGGCCAUCAAGGUUCGCAUCCAGACCAGCCCGUCGUUCGCUCGCGGCAUCAUCGACGGCCUGCCCAAGUUCAUCAAGGCCGAGGGCUUCGGCAACCUCUACGCCGGUCUCGGUCCCCUCUGGGCUCGUCAGAUCCCCUACACCAUCAUCAAGUUCGUGGCCUUCGAGAGGAUCUGCGAGGCCAUCUAUGCCAUGCUCCCCAAGAAGAAGGAGGACAUGUCCAAGACUGAGCAGAUGGGCGUCAUCUUCGCCGCUGGUUACACUGCUGGUAUCAUCUGCGGUGCCGUUUCGCACCCUGCCGACACCAUGGUCUCCAAGAUCAACAAGAUCAAGAGCUCUGGUUCGCUCGGCGAGAAGAUGAAGCUCAUCUACAGCGGUACCCCCGAGGCUCCCGGCAUCGGCUUCGCCGGCCUCUGGAAGGGCUUCGGUCCCCGCGUGGUCAUGAUCGGUACCCUCACUGGUCUCCAGUGGUUCAUCUACGGUGCCUUCAAGGCCUACGUCGGUCUCCCCACCCCCGGCGCCUCCGCUCCCGCCGGCGACAAGAAGCACUAG